AUGAACAAAAAAGAAGAUCUUACUCAGCAGAACACAUCUGAAAGUGACAAUGAUGAAGUUGAUGGCAACAAUAUAUGUGGUUUCAGAAAGAAAAAGGGAAUCAAAGGUCCUACAGAGUAUGUUCCUCCUUUAGAGAAUGAGAAGAUGGAGUUGUCCAGCACCUCAAAACUCCCAGAUCCUUGUCCUCUUAAAGGAUCCACUGGUUGCUCAGAGCCACCAUCAGACCAGUCUCUCCAAGCAGGACAAAAGGACAGAGUGGGUCAGGACAGUUCCCAUUCUAGCAGCGAUGGGAAAGAAGACAUCUCUGAAGAAACACAAGGAAUCCAGGAAAAGGCAAACACUGGGGGAAGAAUAGUGGGAAAAAUUGACGAGGAGACAGACACAGCAGCUCAGCCAAAGCAGCCUGUGAGGUGCACAGGGAAAGGUGUCUGCGUGGUGGCAGUGCAGAGGGAAAAAGGCAGUGAGCAGGCAGGGAGGAAACCAGAAGAACGGGAUGGGAUAGAAGAAAGAGUUGUCAAGUUUCAUGUGACGAAGACAGGCUGCCUGGGCAAUGCCAUCACCAGCCAAGGGAGCAGCCCUGCCAGCUCCUUCACAGGGGCACCUGGCAUUUCCAAACGAAGCCUGCAAGAGUUGAAAAACCUUCUGAGUGAAGGUCCUGUGCCUUCUCAUGGGCCCAGCUUCGGUGGCAGGGCAGGUGGCACUUUUGCUCAGAAAAAUUUGAAACCCUGGGAGAAAGCAGCUGACAAGCAGAGCAGACACUUUGAGACCUUUGGUCCCCAUUUCAGAGAGGAGAAGAGAAAGUAUCACAGCUUCCACAAGGAGGGAGUGGGACAGCAGAGCAAAACUCUCCUGGCCCUCAGCUCUGCCGGCUCUGAUCAGCAGCAACCAGAGGGAAGUGACGUGGAUCAACUUAUUCUGGGACUGCCACCAGCUCCUACACCAGCAGAAAGCACAGAUCCUGAGGUUCAGUUUGACUCCUCCACAGGCCAAGCUGCAUCCAACAGAGACCCUGAUGUAAACGGCCUUGAAAGUCCAACUCUCCUUCACCUGUUCUCUCAUAUUGAAUUUAUUAAGCAGCAGAUGGCCAGGGACAACGUGCAGUUUGUCAGAUUUGAAUCAAUAGACCUCCAUGGUGUGUCAAGAUCAAAGAAUGUUCCUUCUCGAUUUUUUCACGAGAAAGCAAUUCAUGGUGUUGCCAUGCCUAGAAGUUAUCUCGAGCUGACGCUGAAUCCUAAAGAUAAUGAAUUAGAUUACAUAAAUGCAACCAAUUUUAAUUGUGACAUAAUUCUGAACCCGGAUUUAUCGACGUUUCGAAUACUACCCUGGACUGAGCAGACUGCAAGAGUGAUAUGUGAUUCCUUCACUGUGCUGGGCAAUCCACUCAUGACCUCACCAAGGCACAUUGCCAGGAAGCAGCUGAGCCAGCUUCAGGACAAUGGCUUCUCCCUGCGCUCUGCAUUCACUUAUGAAUUUUGUAUUUAUGGCAUUACUGAAGUUGUAAAUUCCAAGACAAUAUCCUUUCCUGCAGCCACGAUACUAAAUAACCAUGACCAGACUUUUAUUCAGGAGCUCAUUGAAGGAAUGUAUUAUGCUGGUGCCAACAUUGAAAGCUUUUCUUCUUCCAGUGGGCCUGGGCAAAUGGAGAUCACUUUUCAUCCAGCAUUUGGCAUAGAUGCUGCUGACAGUGCCUUCACGUUCAGAACAGGCAUUAAAGAGGUGGCUAAGAAGUAUAACUACGUGGCUAGCUUUUUCUCAGAAUCAGGAUUCUACAAUUCAGGGGCUCUGUCACAUAGCCUGUGGGAUCUGAACGGCCAAAAGAAUUUGUUUUCUGCUGGUUAUGGAGUUGAGGAGCUCUCAGAGCUUGGAAAAAAUUGGUUAUCAGGUCUCUUGGCACACACAGCAGCUAUCAGCUGCCUGAUGGCUCCUACCACCAGCUGCCGUAAGCCUUAUUCUAAAUACAGUAAAGAAUCCAAAGAGACUGUCAAUGCAAAAUGGGCAUACAAUGACAACAGCUGUGCCUUUAAUGUCAAAUGUCAUGGUGGAAAAGGCACUAAUCUAGAGAACAAACUAAGUUCUGCUGCAGCAAACCCCUACCUGGUUCUUGCUGCUACUAUUGCUGCAGGCCUUGAUGGAGUAAAGAGAGGACUUAGGUAUGAUGAUAUGCUCGAAGAGGAAAAUGACACUGGUGAUCUGAAACAUUCGUUAGUCCCUCUGAAACUAGAAGAUGCUCUUGUUGCACUGGAGAAAGAUUCGUGCAUUAAGGAAGCAUUAGGUGAAACUUUUAUCCGGUACUUCGUUGCCAUGAAACAUUAUGAGUUAGAAACUGAAGAAAUGGAUAGUGAGCGGAAUAAAUGCCUGGGGUAUUUUAUUUAG